GAAGAACCUUUGAGAAGGGGAAAUAACUCUUGAGUUUAUAUCACGUGAACGAUGUUGCCAACGAGCCAAUAACUCGGGUAUAAAUACCCGGAAGCGCUCGCGCACGCACAGUCUAUUGUCAUGUGUUGGUUAUCCUGUCAAGUAGUCUCUGUGUUUUUAUUCGUGUAAACAUUGUAAAUAUCCAUGACGUCCACAAGAUAUGUAUCAAAUAUUUCUAAUUUUCAUUGCCAUUCACCGUAUUGUCGAAACAGUAGAUGGAUUGGAUGUCAAUGGCAUGGACUUACUUUUGCCAUACCACGGCCAUCACGGACCACGACAUAGCAACAGGUAUGUUCGCAGUUGCCAACAAGCCAAAUAUGGAGACAUGACUUCUUCCAUACAUGCUGCUUACAAGAGUAAUGGUAGUGACCCAACAGACAUUCCACCACCUUUGGUUAUAUCAAAGUACAUGAUUAAAAAGUAUGGUGAUAUGUUCAGCGAACGUCAUAUCACAAUUUACUACCAGCUCAUUAACUAUCCCUGGCAGACACUCAGUGUUUUAGAACCUCUGGAAGCUAACAGCUGCAAUAACAAAAAUUCUUCAGUAAGAGCAACAGUGUUAGAGAGUGCUAAACGUAUGAACUGUUUAGCUGCGACCAAUGCAGGUUUCUUCAACACGCACACAGGGGAAUGUGUAGGUAAUGUUGUGAGUAAUGCUCAUCUUGUUAAAGAUUCAGGAGGUAUUCAGAAUGUUCACUUUGGUAUUACAAAAGAUGGAAUAUUAUAUUUUGGGUAUUUAUCUGAAAUAGAUAUUGUUGCCAAAGACUUUAUUCAACUUGUUGGUGGUGUUAUCUGGCUUAUUAGAGAUGGAGAUGUGUAUGUUGAUGAAAGUGCAAAGCUAGAAUGUUCUGAAGCACAAGAAAGUGGUAAUAUUCAAAGAUUUAUAUCUGUGAUAUCUGCACGUAAUGCUGUUGGCCAUGAUAAAGAAGGCAGGGUUAUUAUGGUGCAAGUAGAUGGAGAAACAGGCAAACAUGGCAUCAAUUUGUAUGAAUUGGCCGACAUCAUGAAAGACCUUGGUGCAGUCAAUGCUAUCAAUUUAGAUGGCGGUGGCUCAGUUACACUUGUAAUGAAUGGAACUUUGGUCAACAACCCAUCAGAUAUGUGUAGUGAUAAAAAGUUCCGAUGUCCUCGUGAGGUGUCAACAAUAUUGUGUGUACAUGAACCUCUUUGUGAUCCCCCUGACUGUAAUGGACACGGUCAGUGUGUCUUUGGUCGUUGUAACUGUUCAGGUCUCUGGUCAGGUGAUCAGUGUCAAACUGUUAAAUGUGAAAAUGACUGCAGUGAACAUGGGAAAUGUACAGAAGCUGGUUGUCUUUGUACUGAAGGAUGGAUGGGGGAUGAUUGUCAUGUUCCUUGUCCACAUGGCAGAUAUGGAGUCAACUGCAGUCAACUUUGUCUCUGUCAACAUAAUUCUACUUGUAACCUUUUUACUGGUGCUUGUACAUGUCCGCCUGGAUUUGUUGGAGAUUUUUGUCAAGACGGCUGUCCUUUUGGUUUCUAUGGUGACCGAUGUAAACAUGUCUGUAUGUGCCCCGCUGCUUGUGGCUGUGAUCAUAUUACUGGAAGAUGUAUUAUAUCUUCAGCUUAUUCCAAACAUAUUUUUCAAGCCAGUAAUUGCCUUGCCCAAAAGAUUAUACAACAUAAACAUUUAAUUGUGGACAGAACGAAGGAAUACAGGUUUUAUGUGUAUGGUUUCAUUUCAAUGAGUGUUGUUGCGGCUGUUAGUAUCCUCAUUUCAUGCAGUUUAAUGUAUACUUUGUACAAAGACAACAAAUUCACCUGCUUCAAAAAAUGUAAACUACCUCAGAAGAACGUCAAAACACACAAACUACUGGAUAAUUCUUUCAUUUAUGAUGAAGAUGAAGACAAACUUAUUAGUUCUGAGCUUGAUUUGACAGAUGAAGUUUAACGAGAAAAUCAUUAUUCUUUGUGUGCAAUAUACAGUAUGCGUUUGUGUGUAUGUGUGUGUAUAUAUAUAUAUAUAUACCGGAGUAAACACAUAAAUGUGAAACAAGGUGGAAAAAAAAAAGUACUCAAAUACCAGGGGUAGAGUAAUAUGCUUU